AUGACAGUUGACGCAAUAAUAAAUGCCAUAUUUGGCAUUGGCGUGGCUAUCUUUCUCGAUUGGAAGUUGUCGUUAAUAAUGCUAUGUUUAAUACCACUAGUCAUCGUCGGUUCAAGCAUUUUUUCCAAGUUUGUAGCUAAAGAAACAAUAAAUCAGUUAAAAGCAUAUUCGAAAGCAGAUGAAAUUGUUCAAGAAGUAUUCAGCUCUCUGCGUACUGUCUUGUCGCUUAAUGGUGGCAAGUUUGAAAAAAAGCGAUAUCAAACGAAUUUACUUACAACUAGAGAGAGUAAUAUUCGCAAAGGCAUCGCGCUUGGUAUUUUUUUUGGCUGGAACUGUCUUAUACUUUAUGUGAUAUACUUCGUUGGCUUUAUAACAGGAUCAUAUCUCACGUACACAGAGCAUGAAAAAGGAAGCAUAGGUAAUAUCAUUGCCGUUGUGAUGAUUUUCGCACAAGAUAUCAGUUUUAUUGGUUAUGUCGGCCCGUUCUUGCAAUCUCUCGCAGAAGCUCGUGCUGCAGCAACAGCGGUAUAUCGACUAAUUGAAGAGGAAAAUAUCACUGAGAUGCAAAUAUUGGAUGAAUACGAGUCAGGCCACAAAUCAACAGAUAUAAAUGGUGAUAUUCAGUUCGAAAAUGUGAAUUUUGCUUAUCCAGCUCGAAAGGAUGUGGAAGUUAUACGUCAUCUUGAUUUAGUGGCUCGUGCUGGCGAGACAACUGCAUUGGUGGGCAAAAGUGGCUCAGGGAAGAGUACAACUAUAUCAUUGUUGCUUCGUUUCUAUGAGCCCAUACUGGGUCAUAUUAAGAUUAACAAUCAACUAAUCUCGGACUACAACAUAAAAAACCUUCGACAAAACAUAGGAAUUGUCAGUCAAGAGCCGUAUCUGUUUGGUACCAGUAUUUACAAUAAUAUUCUUUAUGGCAAAGAAGAUGCGAGCAAUAUAGAAAUCGAAGAAGCAGCGAAGCAAGCCAACGCUCAUGAUUUUAUUAUGACACUGCCCAAUAAAUACGAAACACUCGUUGGAGAGUCUGGUGUUCAACUAAGUGGUGGUGAAAAACAACGCAUAGCGUUAGCUCGUGCUCUUGUUAAACAGCCCGCAUUACUCCUACUAGACGAAGCAACCAGUGCACUUGACAAUGUCAGCCGCACGACAAUUGUUGUAUCUCAUCGUUUAUCUACGAUAAGUAAUGCACAUCAAAUUUAUGUUUUUGACAACGGAACUGUGAUUGAGCAUGGUACACAUGAAACACUUAUGGCAAAUGAAGGAAGUGCAUAUCAAGAAUUAUUUCAAACACAACAGAAAGAGCAUAUGGAAAGUGACAAUUAUCAAAGUACUAGUAAAAUAUGUGAUGAAAAGCAAACUGUUGGACUUCCGUGGUGUCAUAGUGAUGAGCAGAAUACUAUAAAAGGAGAGAAAAGAUUAUUGUCGAAUCGAUGGACUGACUUUCGAAGAUUAGUGUCUAUGAAUAGUCCGGAGAAAAUUGCUAUUCUGAUCGGUUGUUUCGCGUGUUUAGCUGCAGGAGUAACUCAGCCAAUAUGUGUCGUUCUAUUAGCAAAGAUAAUCCAAGGAUUCGAAAGUUGCACUAGCGCUGAACGUCAGCAUCAGGUUCUCAUUUUCAGCAUCAUAUUCUUAUUGUUAGGUGUUGCAACAUUUGCAAUUCGUUUCUUACAAUUCACAGCUUUUGCCGUAUCGGGUUCAAAAUUAACUGAACGCAUUCGUGUCAAAACUAUUGAAUGUCUUCUUCGUCAGGAAGUUGCUUAUUUCGAUCGACCCGAAAAUAGUUGUGGUGCUGUUUGUACUCGCCUCUCCUCUGAUGGAUCGGCUGUGCAACAAAUGACUGACCCUCGAUUGGGAAUAUUCUGUGAAACUUUUUCUAUGUUCCUUAUUGCAAUGAUACUUGGAUUUUUCUACAGUUGGCAAAUAGCAUGCAUCGUCUUCUUGUGCAUUCUACUGAUAUGUGUUCUCGGUUACAUUAAUAUUAGGGUUCAAGAUCAACUAUCCAAACAUUCUGGGAUGUUACAAGAACGCGCGGGCUCACUGGCUGUCGAAGUUCUUCACAAUAUGCGCACCAUAAAACAGUUGACAAUCGAAGAUGUUGUUUUACAACAAUAUUCUGAUUUCAUCUGGGAGAAAUUUAGAAUCACCCGAAAUUAUUCGAUAAUAAUUGGAUUAAUCAUGAGUGGUAUUUGGGCCAUGAUUGCAUACAACAUUGCGAUAAUAUAUUGGUGUGUUCUUGUACUUAUCGAACACAACGAAAUGAAAAUGAACGACAUCAUAAAAGUUUUCGCUUUUGCUAUGUUUUUCAUUCAAUCUAUACGUAGCGUCUUGACCAUGAUUGAGGACUUUGGUACCUCUCUAUCUGCUAUUCAUUCUUUUUUUGAAUUAUUUGAUCGAACGCCACUUAUUGACAAUGGUUCAACAACAGGUCAAGAACUAGUUGACUUUCGUGGUCAAAUUGAUUUUGUUCAAGUCAAUUUUUCAUAUCCCACUCGAUCACAAGUACGUGUGUUAAACAAUUUUCAACUCUCCAUCCAGUCAGGUCAACGAAUUGCUCUUGUUGGCGUUUCUGGUUCAGGCAAAUCAACAGUUAUUCAACUUUUAGAACGAUUUUAUGAUGUUACAAAUGGUAAAUUGUGCAUUGAUGGAGUCGAUAUUCGGCAGCUAAAUAUACAUUGGGUUCGAUCUUGUUUUGGUCUUGUCAGUCAAGAGCCGAUCCUCUUCGAUUUAACAAUCGCUGAGAAUAUAGCAUAUAGUAGAGAUGAUGCAUCUAUCAUCGACAUAAUUGAUGCAGCUACCAAAGCUAACAUUCACGAGUUCAUUCAAAAUCUUCCAGAGGGCUAUCAGACAAGGGUCGGAAGAAAAGGUAGCCAGCUGUCUGGUGGUCAAAAGCAACGUAUUGCUAUUGCUCGAGCUCUUUUUCGUCGGCCAAAAGUAUUGCUACUUGAUGAGGCCACAAGUGCAAUGGAUUCACACAAUGAAAAAAUUGUGCAAAAAGUCCUUGAAGAAAUUCAAACGAGUAAUCCUCAUCAAGCAUCACUUAUAAUUGCUCAUCGUCUUUCUACCAUUCGUUCAUGUGAUCUCAUCGGUGUACUUGACAAAGGAUAUCUGGUCGAAUGUGAUACACACAACGAAUUGAUGCAGCGUCGUGCAGCCUAUUAUCGCAUGGUUUCUCGAGACAGUGAAGAAUUAUAG